CCAGUCUCUCCCAAACCGCGCCUGUUGAGCUGUCUCACAGUUAACUCUGUCAUUGUUUCCCUUUUUCUUCGUUGCUAGGAUCCGACACAAGAGUUUUAGUGAUGAUCUCCUCAUCAACAUCUAUCUCCAUCACAAGAAGAAGGUGUGGACAGGAAGACGACACAAGAUUCAGGCGACACUCCCACCAUUGCUGCUGACGGCGUCCAAAUUGUCUUCUUUCUCCUCCUACCUGGCUGGCUGGCUCUCUAGAUCGAAUCACGGGUCAGGCGCUCCCCCUGACCAAGGCCAUGAGCCACUACACCAUGCAUGCAGCCAUCAACUACGCCGCGCUGCCACCCACGUCGCCGCUGCAGCUCCCCCUCCCGUACCUCCCUCCGCCUCCUCCUCCGCCGUUACCGCUACCGCUACCGCCGCUGUUGUCGCCGCCGCCACCGGCGGCGGCGUCCUCUGACGCGGGAUUCCAGAACAGGAUCAGCCCCAGCGUCCUUCUCAUCAUCCUGAUCUUGGCCGUCAUCUUCUUCGUCUCCGGCCUGCUGCACCUUCUCGUCCGGUUCCUGCUCCGCCCGGCGCCGCGGGAUCCCGGCGACGCGUACGGGGGUGACGCGAACGCUACCGCCUUCCAGGGGCAGCUCCAGCAGCUGUUCCACCUCCACGACGCCGGCGUCGACCAGUCCUUCAUCGACGCGCUGCCGGUGUUCCUCUACGGCGCCGUGGUCGGCGCCGGCGGGAAGGAUCCUUUCGACUGCGCGGUCUGCCUCUGCGAGUUCGCGGACGACGACCGCCUCCGCCUCCUCCCCAAGUGCAGCCACGCGUUCCACGUCGACUGCAUCGACACGUGGCUGCUGUCGCACUCCACCUGCCCGCUCUGCCGCCGCAGCCUCCUCGCCGACUUCCCCACCUGCGGCGGCGCCUGCAGCCCGCUGGUGUUCGUCCUCGAGUCCGGCUCCGAGGGCUCGGUCUCCGAUCGCCACGACGCGGCGUCCUCCGCGCGCCUCAGCUUUGGCAUGGAGCAGGAGCAGGCAGGGCAGGAUCGGAAACACGUCGCCGCUGCAGAGGCAGCGGAGAAGAAGGACGAGGUGGUCGUUCCGGUGAAGCUCGGCAAGUUCAGAAGCCAGGCCACCGAAGGAGCCGGCGGCAGCGCCAGCCAUGGAAGCCAUGACGUGAGGCGGUGCUUCUCCAUGGGGACCUACGAGUACGUCAUGGACGAGAGCUCCCUGCUCCGCGUCGCCGUGAAGCUGCCGGAGAAAAAGCGCCCCGCGACUCGCUCUCGCAUGCCGGGGCACCGUGUUGCCAUGUCGGAGUGCGACUGCCACUCCAAGCGGGAAGGCUUCCGCGGAUUCGAUGCGCCGCCCAAGCAGCAGCAGCAGCUGUCGAAAGCGGCGGUGGACAAGAGGGAGAGCUUCUCCGUCUCCAAGAUAUGGAUGCGCAGCGGGCCGAGGAGGAAGGACGUGCCCUCCGGCGCAACGACCUCGCGCCGCGCGUCGUCGUUCCGGCUCUCCUCGGCGCUCCAGCGCACGGCGAGCGACGUUGGGGCGACGACGGCGAAGCGCCGGGCGGACGUGGUGAGCCCCGUGACGGAGUCCGAGUACAACGUGUCGGCUUGGGACAAGAGCGCGAGCGGCAGCGUCGUGGAUUGGGACGUCGAGUCCGCGGGCGGCGGGCACGGCCUCAGCUCCAGAGCCGACGAGGCGCCGUCGUUCGCCCGGCGGACGCUGCUCUGGAUCAGAGGCCACCUGUGAAUUGAACCGAAGCGAAGCAGAGAUCUUGGCUUCUACCACCUUGUUCUUCCCCUCUGCUCUCCCGUGUAAGUUGUAGUAACUGUGUGUGCAUGGAUGCCUGCGAUCUUCUCCUGCAGCAACAGAUCGCAGGAAAUUUGCAUUGCUUGGCGAGUGGAUGAAAUGGUGGAUAUUUGUUCGGUAAAAAAAGGAUUACGGCUCGAGAUUUCUAGAUUGUUUCGCAUAGCAUUUCGCAGUUGUGUGUAGUAGAUUAGCUGUAUUUGCUUUGCAUCUUGCUGUACAUUUGAAAUUGCUUCGUAGGGUUUUAUCCAGGGUAAUCUAU